AUGGAUAGUGUUGCCAUCAAUGACCCCUUCAUUGACCUAGCCACAUGGUCUACAUGUUCCAGUAUGACUAUACCCAUGGCAAGUUCAAUGCCAGAGUCACGACUGAGCAUGGGAAACUUGUCAUCAAUGGGAAGGUCAUCUCCAUCUUCCAGAAGAGUCUGCCAACAUCAAAUGAGUUAUGCCAGUGCCAAGUAUGUUGAGGCGUCUACUGGUGUCUCCACCGCCAUGGAGAAGGUUGAGGCCUACUGGAAAGGUGGAGCAAAAAGGGUCAUCAUCUUUGCCCUUUCUGCUGAUGCCCCCAUGUCUGUGAUGGGUGUGAACUCUGAGAAGUAUGACAACUCACUCAAGAUUGUCCACAACUCUUCCUGCACCACCAACUGCUUAGCUCCCCUGGCCAAGGUCAUCUGUGACAACUUUGGCAUUGUGGAGAGACUCAUGGUCACAGUUCAUGCCAUCAAUACUACCAGGAGACUGUGCAUGACUCUCUGGCAUGAUGGCCAUGGGGAUGCCCAGAGCAUUAUCCUUGCAUCCAGUGGUGCUGCCAGCACGGUGGACAAGGUUAUUAUUGCAGAGCUCAAUGGAAAGCUCACUGGGAUGACCUUCUGUGCUCCAUGCUCCUGA